UUAAGUCAACCAAUGAGUCUCUUAGACAUCUGCUCAGUAGUAAGUAGACUGUUAAAAAAAAAAAGAAGAAGCGUGUGCUUCUCACGGCUCAGAGGCUAAUCUCUCGAAGCCACCAUCAGACACAGAGCUGAGCAUGACUUCCAACAACAGAGUCCAAGGUGGGAAAGCCUUUGGAAUGUUGAAGCAACAGCAAGAAAACAGGCUGGAAGAGAUAAACCAGGAGUUUCUUUCGGAUGAGAAAUACAAAGACGAGGAGGAGCUGGAGGAGAAGCUGGUGUCCUUUAAAAAAAAAUAUAUGGAUUUUGACUUGAACGAUCAAGGAGAGAUCGAUAUGAUGGCAUUAAAGAUGAUGAUGGAGAAAUUAGGGGUCCCCAAAACCCACUUGGAGGUGAAGAAGAUGAUUGCGGAGGUAACGGGAGGCGUAAGCGACAGCAUCAGCUACAGGGACUUCAUCAAGAUGAUGCUAGGAAAACGUUCUGCGGUGCUGAAACUUAUCAUGAUGUUUGAAGGAAGAGGCAACGACAACUGCCCCAAGCCCUUGGGCCCACCACCAAAGAGAGACAUCACCAGCCUCCCCUGAAGAAGACCGGUUUAAACACCAGACGACCCUUCGCUACUUCUCAGCGUAUACAGCCAAGUGUUACGGUGCACUAUUAUCUAGAACAUUCUCCAGCCAACCAAGUGCCUUCGGAGUGGGGUGUUUGUAUCCCUCCCCAGCCAGCCUCUUCUAUUUAUCAUGUGGCCAAUAUUUCUAUUUUUUCCUGUUUUUUUGGUGAACCUUGUAGAAGAUCUGUUUAUUUAUUAGUGUGUGUGAAUUACGGGAGGUGUCAGGUGUCCGGUGGUCAGAGGACCUCAUGCAGUAGUCUAAACCCGUCCACCGUUCUUCUGUGAAUUCAGACAAAAUGCAUUACCUCCCGGUGCCUCUGCUUAUAUAAUACUUUCUUGUGUGUCUCUGUUAAUUACCGAUCAAUUUAGAUUGUAAGCUCUUAUGAAUAUUGAUUUCUAUAGCACAUUAUGAACCCAUGUAAAGAACAGUAUCCAUUCCUCUAGAAUGCACUGCAGGCCUUUCAACGCAGGUGUUGUGGCCUAAUGUGAUAUUUUACCUAUGUAUAUUUUGUAAAGAGUUGCAUAUUCUAUCAGUA